UCACUUCCUUAAGUAAUUUCCAUUUUUGUUUGUGAGGAAAAAAAGGUUCAUUUAACAAGUGUUUUACCUAUAAACACUGUCCCUUGUUAAAUGUCACAGUACGUUUUUUUUUUUUUUUUUUAUUUGAACCUAGCAUUAAGAGCGUACAAUAAUAGGUUCUGUUGAUGCAGAGUGAGUCGUGCGUUGCGAACAGUAGUCGCUAAGCUAACAGGCUAGCCUGUUUUUUUAAUUGGCUGGCUGUUUUAUGGUGCGUUCAAAAGUCACUGUUUUGGUUUGGGUCGGCUCCAAAACCGUUCACCAAUGGAGUGUCCGCAUCUAACCUCAAACGUGACCUCCGGGAUCGAUCCUUCCAGGUUCCCUCACGGUUCUCCGUCGUCUUGGUGCUGCAACGUUUGCAGAUCAAAUAAAAGUCCCUGGCUUUGUCUGACCUGUCUCCUGGUCCAUUGUGGUCGGUACGUAAACGGUCAUGCGAAGAAACAUUUUGAAGACAGCCAGGGGCCUUGCAGCAGCCCGAGAAAACCGGACAAGGAAAAAUCUCAGCACUGCGUCUGCAUGGACUCCAGCAGCUACGGCGUAUUCUGCUACAGAUGUGAUGAGUUUGUGAUCAACGACACCAAACUUGGACAUGUGCAGAGGGUGAGGGAGCAUCUGCAAAGUUUGGAAACCUCAGCUCUGAGCGCUGACAGGCAGAGGAAAAGAAAACUCCAAGACUGUGCGGAUCUGGACAACAAGCUGUUAAAAACCAUCGAUGGAGCGGUGCUGGGGGCAACAGGCCUGCGGAACUUGGGCAACACGUGCUUCAUGAACGCCAUCCUGCAGUCCCUCAGUAACAUCGAACAAUUCAGCUGCUACUUCAAGGCGCUGCCUGCUGUGGCCUUGCGCAGCGGUAAGACGGCAGGAAGAAGGAUGUACCACACCCGCAGUCAAGGGGACACAAGCGUAUCUUUGGUGGAGGAGUUCAGGAAAACCCUCUGUUCCCUCUGGCAGGGGAACCAGACUGCCUUCAGCCCAGACUCUUUAUUUUAUACGAUAUGGAAAAUCAUGCCAAGUUUCAGAGGAUACCAGCAGCAGGACGCCCACGAGUUCAUGCGCUACCUACUGGACCAUCUGCACCGAGAGCUGCUGCACAGCAGGAACGGUGCGACUGCACCUCAGGAGGGAGUCAGAGUCGCCCCUGCAGAUGGCAAGUGCUGUAUAAACGGGUCUACCAGUGUCGUCACGUCCAAUUUUGGAGGCAUUCUGCAGAAUGAAGUCAACUGUUUAAUAUGUGGGACAGAAUCUCGCAAGUUUGACCCUUUUCUUGAUCUGUCCUUGGACAUUCCCAGUCAGUUCAGACAGAAAAGAAGCAAGGACCAGGAGCCAGGACCCACUUGUACUUUACGCGACUGUUUGAGCAGCUUCACUGAUCUGGAGGAACUGGACGAAACAGAGCUGUACUACUGCCACAAGUGUAAAAAGAGACAAAAAUCGACCAAAAAGUUUUGGAUCCAGGAGCUCCCGAAGGUUUUGUGUUUGCACCUGAAGAGGUUCCACUGGACGGCGUUUUUAAGGAAUAAAGUGGACACGUAUGUACAGUUUCCCCUGAAGGGCCUGGACAUGAAGGGGUACCUCCUCGAGCCGGAGACACCGCAGACACGCAGCUGCCUGUAUGACCUUGCUGCCAUCGUAGUCCAUCAUGGAUCAGGGGUUGGAUCAGGACACUACACGGCCUACGGCAGCCAUGAGGGUCGCUGGUAUCACUUCAACGACAGCACGGUGACUCUGACCAACGAGGACACGGUCACCAAGGCCAAGGCCUACAUCCUAUUCUACGUGGAGCAAGCCGACCCGGCUGAGAAAAGCACCAGCUCGGGUGAAGCUACCUUCACGGACAGUUUACGCUCCGAGAUCGAGGCCUCCGUCACCGAACCCCUGGAUUCGGAGACCGAUCACACAUCGCAAGAGUCGAUGGAUUUGAAAGAAGCAGCUACACAGGACGGCGUAGACGAUGAAACGGAGGAUCUGGUUCGACAAGCGUCUGCCACCUCUGAGCAGCCCCUCACUCUUUUCUGACUCACAUUCUGAUGUCUUUUUUUAAGUGCACGUAGACAUCACCUUUAGAUUCAUUUCCUCAGAAGAGGCACGUCUCAGAUUCCAACAGUGAUCGUUUGGAAGUGUAAAAAGAAAAACUUUGGCCUUGACCAUGAGUCAGGAUUUUUUACGAGAAAUCUGGACCACAAUCUACAUGACUCUUUUUAAAAUCGAAUCUAAAAAUGACCUCAACUGCCUUUCAAACUUGUCAAGUGAAGUGUCGGAUAUUAAAGAUGAUUUGGA